AUGUCCUCCCUGCGCUGUCGAGUCGGUCGUCCUCCCUGUCGUUCUCCCUGUACUGUUGAGUCGGUGGCUCGGUCCAUUGAGACAGGUUUUAAUGGAACAAACUGUGAGGUGAACAUUGAUGAUUGUCCGAAUCACCGCUGUCAGAAUGGAGCCACUUGCAUGGAUGGAGUGAACACUUACAACUGCCAGUGCCCACCUGAAUGGACUGGACAGUUUUGCACCGAUGACGUGGAUGAAUGCAGCAGACUGCAGCCCAACACCUGUCAGAACGGAGGCACGUGCAGUAACACGCGCAAUGGCUACAAUUGUGUAUGUGUGAACAGCUGGAGCGGCCCUGACUGCUCUGAAAACAUUGAUGACUGCGCAGAUGCGCCCUGUAUCACCGGCUCCACUUGCAUCGACCGCGUGGCUUCCUUCGUUUGCAGCUGCCCUCCCAGCAAGACUGGUUUGCUGUGUCACAAUGAUGAUGCCUGCACCAAUAACCUGUGCAAGAUGGGAGCUCAAUGUGACACGAACCCCGUCAAUGGCAAGUUCAACUGUAACUGCCCCUCAGGAUACAAGGGCAGCACGUGUGCCGACGAGUGUGUCAUCAGUCCAAACCCGUGUGAGCACGGUGGCUCUUGUAAGAACACAGAGGGCUCAUUCACCUGUAACUGUGCUCCGGUUUACACUGGUCCACGCUGUGAGUGGAACAUUAACAAAUGUGGCUCCAACCCCUGCAAAAAUCACGCCACCUGCUUGGACCAUAUAGGAGAUUACACUUGCUUCUGUAUGGCAGGUACUUAGACACGCACUCACACACACUGUAAUCAGGUGCAAGAUAUGGAAGCAGACUGGUCUCAAUAAUAAUUCAUGCAUU